CCCGGACAAAGUCCCUCUGCUGAAGUAUCUAACGGUUCUCUUUGCCAGAGCCGAAGAAAUCCGUCAUGGAUUCAGACUUGGUCCCCGCCGCCGUAAGCGCCCGCACCCCCCUACUAAGCGAGGCCGCUAUCAGGCUGGUCAAGGCCCUCGACGACGGCAAUUGCCUAGAGGAGCUCUUCCCUCUCGUCGCCGACAUGGCCAAGGAAUUCCGUGGUCAAGGUUUGGUCUCGUGCGAGAAGAUGCUCGCCAUGUUCGAGGAUCCCGAUUGCGAGGACUACCUUACCAUGAUGCGGCUGUUUCACAUGUUCAACCGCAAGACGUUGAGAGCGCUAAUCUUAGGUACGAUCCCAUACGACGUGCCGGACAUAGCCUCUCCGAACAACGAGAACCUGUACCCCGCCCAAGGCGCCGGGACAUACCUGGCAGGCCUUUCCAUCGAAGGGCGCCGCGGCGCUUUCCUCAACUGCGAGGAGAUAGCCAAGGUGUUAGGCAUCUUGGAGUCGUACAGGCUCGGCUGCGAAGCUUGGUUGGAGAUCAGCAGGGAGGACGACUACGGCCAGAGCCAGGUCGACCCGGACCAGAGGGCACACCUGGAGUCCGCCAUGAUGCUCGACAACGAGUUCCUCGCCGAGAACCGGCGCUGGAGAGAUGGCGACGAAUUCCGCCGACCCCUGGCCAUGAACGGUAAGACCAGCUUCGCAGCCAUCGCCGGGCUCGAGGAUCAGUUCCGGAGACGCCUUCGCUUCCGAGAGAGCGACCCGGAGGUCUUCCAGAUCUCGAGCCCUGCGAUGCCACGGCACGACCCUAGCUGCUCGACGAUGAAAAGGUCGUCGUCUAUACGCAAUCUGCUAAUCGCGUGCAUCCGCAAGCUGGGCCUGAACGUGGUCGGGAACGCCUAUCCUAUCAUGCUGGCAUGGCAACCGUCCCAUAUCCCGCUAACGGAGAUCCUGGUGACGGUCCUGUCGCAUUCACUGGUGUCCUUGGGAGGGUUCAACGUCAUCCAGCCGGGGACGAGCCCGAUCCCAGGCAACCCGACCCAUCAGAGGUACGAGGACAACCAGAUACUCAUCUUCCUCGACCGCCCCUGGGCCCACGAGAACAUCACAUUCUCCCACGAGAUCUGGGAUGCUCGGCCUGCCCUAGUGGAAGCGGUCAGGAGGAUUGAGCAGAACGACGCCUCGCGAGAGAGGACGAGACAACUCGCCGCCGAGAACCAGAGGUUGAGGGCGGUUGUCGAAGGUCUCAUGCUCGACGUAGAGCGGGUGUUGGAUGAGAGAGCUGCCGAGCGGGAACGCGUGCGGCGCAGACUCGAUGAAAUACGACCAAUCAUGGACUUGGUAGACUUGAUUCGAGAGUGCUAUGUCUCUAACUCGGAGGAUCCCGCGAGGGACGACCCCGAAGAGGACGAGCAUAACUAGCCGGCUAGGCAGAGCUGGACGGCUAGAGAAAUGCAGGGACCGAGGUGUCGCGCUGCAGGGAGGGAUAUCAUUAUGGGCUCCUGAUCUUGGACACCGGGUCCUGCGUUGUGGGGGGGAUACUAUGAUGGGCUCCUGGUCUUGGACGUUGGGUCUUGUGUUGGUUGGGGGGUAAUAUUAUGGUUUCCUGGUCAUGGAUACUGGGUCCUGCGCUGCAGAGGGGAUAUCAUUUUGG